GUGUCAUGAAAUACUUUUUCGAUGACAUUUUGACUAUUUUUUUACGAACAUAUAUGUCAACCAAAGAAAUAACACAAAUAUUGAUAUUUGAUAAAAUUUUAUACUAAUUAACAAUAAAAAUGAAAAUUUGUAGUCCCUUUAUAUACGAUCUGAAGAAUAAUAACACAAAUUGACAACUUAUUUUUGCCAUUUUAGGAAAGUAUUUCUGCUAUAACUUCUAGCGAAAUAUGGAAUCAGGAGAGCGCAUAAGGAAACAUAGGCAUAGAGAAAGCAAUAUUGAGGUAGAUCACAAAAAAAUCAAGGAUAAAAAACGUCGGCAUCACCGAAGAAAAACUGAAGAAAGAAAUGUUGAAAAUUCUAAUGGUGUUUCCAAAAAUAACCAACCAAAUACUGAGAGUGCUAACUCAGUGAAAAAGAACAAAGAUGAAAUAUAUCUUAAAUAUAAUAUUCACGGGGACAAUAUCGUAGAAACUGAAAACGUUAAAAAGGAGAUAAAGGAUCACAAACACAGAAAACAUAAAGUAUCAAAAGAAAACAGGUCUACAGACAGACAAAUCGUAGAAAAAUAUUCUGAAUGUAAAAGCAAAUCUAACAAAAAACAAUUUGCACAGUCAAAAGAAGAUAAUACCCCUUCAGUAAAAGGAUCAUUACAAAAAUGUAAGACAUUUCAUUUGGGAGAAAAUUGCCAACAUAGACCACGUUCAUCAAUGCCUACAAAGCUAAAAGAAAAGGAAGAAAGAAAACCGCGAGCCAAAAGUGAUAAACGUAGUACAGAAAAUAAAGUGUCCGAAAUUUGGUACUGCCAUAUAGAUAAUACGGAACCAUUUAAAGAGUGUGCUAAGAAUCAAGAAUGUCUUAAAACCAUACGUGGAAAAGUGAGACAAAAUGACAAACAAUAUGUUAAAGAAAGAGCUAAAUCUUCUCCAGAAAACAUACGCUGUAGUAAUCAUCAACAUAGGCAUUUAUCUAAUGUAACAAAGUUUAAAAAUGCCCCUCUUAAAGAGCACACUAAAUCUGUCUUAAAUAUGACUAACAAACAUGUUGAUAAACAUAGUAAUGUGGAAGAAAUGAUAGGAAAAGAAUGCUCAAAAACUAUAGAACACAAUCUUAAAAGCUAUUUUGUUAAAAUUGAAAAACUAAUAGAUCAAAAACUCAACACUUACCUCCAACAAAAAAACACAACAGUUAUAGAAUCUCUUGAAGGAAAACAGGGACAGAGCGAAAAAGAAAGAAAAAAGCACAAACGUAAUCGAGAAUCAAUUAUAAAGAAAAGAAAUAUGUCUGUAUCUUCUGAAUCUUCUCGAAAUGAUAAUGGAAGUAGAAAACUAUCUGUAUCUCCUGCUAAACUACAUCAACGUUCCAGAUCAAUGUUUGCCGCUAAUGUAGAAAUUUCUCCAAGCAAAAUCGAAAAGGAGACGAAAAAGCAAAAGACAAAAGUUAAAGAACAGAUAAAAUCCAAGGAACGUAGUAAGUCUGGAAAGCAAGAAAACCUUUAUUGUGAGAAAAAAAUUGAAAAUGCCGAAGAAGAUUACAAGAAUAUUAAUUUUGAAAAGGUUUUUAUAAGACCUGAUAUUCGACCAGAAGAAAAAGAAAAUAAGGUUCGCAAGAACAAAAUGAAGACAGAAUUAGCAGUACCGAUACAAAAUGGUGAACGUCAUGUUGCUGCUACGAAGUAUAUAGAAGACGUUCAGGAAAUGUGUCGAUAUGAUCCUGAUAAACAUUCUAAAAUAAGGGAAAGAAGGUUAAAAUCUAGGCACAGAAGUAAAAGAGAAGACUCUCUACAUUUACCAACACAACAAGAUCUUGCACCAUCAAAGACUUAUACAAGGGACAGGCAAUACGAUGACUCAAAACAUAACAGACGAAAAUUAUCGCCAACAAAUAAUAACAAAAAUGCUUCUAUUUAUAUUCUUAAACAAAAAUACCGUGUAACACCAACUGAUCCCACAAAUUUGGUUGAACCUACAAGAAAUAGAGACUCUAUUGAAAAACCACCAACUUCCAUUGUAUAUUUUAAACCAUCAUUCUAUAGUGAAAAUAUUCCUAGUUUAUCCCUCGAUAGUCAAGACGCUAGCAGAAUAAACUAUUUUUUAAAGCAACCUGAAGAAGAUAAUAUGCCCUGUCAAAGAUAUUCUCAACGGCCAGGAAGUUAUUGUCAAAGAAAAACUAACUUUAUUGUAGAAGGUAUAGAACCAGCAAAAAGAUUAAACGCGACAAAAGCUGCAGCAAAGAAUACCUCAUUGAAGAAGAAUUUUGAAUGUAAAACGGUAUCUGUUAUAACAAUUCCACCGCACAAUCAAAGUAAUAAAUAUAUUCCGUUAGAAGAAGAAGGAGGAAAUUUGAUGGAAAGCUCAAAUAAAAUGAAACGUUUAAAACUUUACUAUCAAUGUUCUUUGGACAGUAAUAAAUGUUCAGGUAGCAAUUUUUCUGAAGAUCACAGCAUUUUCAAUGAAAGUCUUAAAAUUUUAUCUGAUUUCUCAGACCCAAAUAGAGAUCUCAAUGAAACUCAAACUGUUAACAAGCUACCAGUUAAACAUAAAGAUAGUGCAGUAAAAGACUCAUCCAGUAUGAUGCCACCAACACGUUAUGAACGACGCAAUAAAUUUAACGACAAUGAAGUUAGCCAUGGUUUUAACAGUUACCAUAGCACCUUUUCGCAGAGCAAUUGCAAAAAAGCUCACAUUAAACAGUCAAUAUCUCCUUAUCGUUUGUAUAGUCCUGAUCGAGAUAUCAAAAGCCAACAGGGAAAAAGAAAAAUUAAAAAACAUUUACAAAAUGAUGCUAAUUUGAAAUCAAAAUCAGACAUAAAUCUGUUUUGUAAAAGUUCUAAAGACAAUAGUGACCUACAAAAAAAACUUAUACUACUCGACGAGCUCAAAGAUAAUAAAGACUUGAAACUACAAGAAGAUACAGCACUUUUCAAUCUCAAGGUUUUAAAGAAUGCUUUAGAAACACAAAAUAUGCUUUCUAAAGAGCAAUUUCCCAACAACAAUAAUCAAAUAUUACAACAUCUGGAAAAUAUGUACCAUAUAUAUUUAGCAACACUUUCUCAGGCUAAUAAUGAGGUGAAUAACAAAAAUCUUAACGGACCUGAUGAUCAAGUUGUAACUACUCAACAAGACGUAACCAAGUUACAUAAAAAAGUUGAAAAACUUGUUGAGAAAGCGGACAAAAUUGACGAACGACUCAAUAGAGAUAUAGCUGAUAAACAACUACAUCCAGAUGGUAAUCAUUUAUCGCAUCACGACGAUAAAAAUAUUCUAGUAGAUUUGGAAAAUUGUAAAUACAAAACUGUAGAUACAUCAUAUCAUAAUUUAAAUGAAGAUAAUCAAGCAGGACAUUUGACCAAAAUUACGUAUUGUCAGACUGAAAUAAAUAAUCCGAGCACUAAAGAGAAAUUAAUUACUACCAGUGACAAGGUCACAUCCUACCACGAACUAAUUGGUAUCGUAAGAAAAGAAGAUUCCAAUAAUAAUAGCACAGAUGCUUCUUAUUACAUUUCCCAUAAUUCUAUAGCAACUUCCACUGAAACUACAAAAGAAAAAGACAAGAUCUUCAAAUCUAACGAUAAUUCAGUUAAGGUGGUAAAAACUGUUAUGACGGCCAAAGGAUUGAAAGGUAAAGAAAACAAAGCAAACUGUGCAUCAAAUGUUACUCCAGAAGAAUUGGUUCCUAGAUCAAAUAUUGUUGUUGAAAAAGUGGAUAACCAGAUUGAAGAAGAUCAUUACAUAUCAUAUCCCACUAAUGUUAAUAUCACCAGCAAAAUAACUGAAACGAAAGAAAUGCCACAUAUUAAUACUGUUUGUACAAUUGAAGUUCAAACCAAUGACGACUUUAUAAUGUCAGAGGUUCCUUGUUCAGAAAAAAAGGAAAUUGGAGUAAAAUCUUUGAUAAAACAUAAAAAACCUCUGACACGAAGACCUGGCUAUAUUGAGGAAACACCUAAAACUCCUAAAAAGACUUCUAGAAUACCUCAGUGUCUUAAUAAAUUACCCAAGGACGCUCAGGAAUUAAAUACAGUUGACAACAAACGCCUAGACAUACAAGACAUUGCAAAGGACGAACAAUCAUUAUACAAAUUAAAGGAUAAACCUGGAGAUAUUGCUAUUACGAAUUUGAGUCAACACAACAAAGAUAUAAAUAUAAAGAAUGAACCAAAAGAAGAAGUUAAAGAUCCAGCAAUACAUUAUCCAAGAAAACAAAAAGAAAACAGUUCCAAUGUAGUUCCUUCUACGAGAAUACCACGAAAAAUAAAGCAGCAUAGUGCUCCUCCUACUAAAGAAAUAAAAACUACAGACAACCACGGAGGAGAGUAUCUUCUUAAGAAGUCUCAAUCAGAAAUUAGCCUAAGAAAGCUGAAUUCUGGUAGAGAAAAGGGAAGAACAUCAAGUCUUAUAUGUCUACAUAGAUAUGUUAACAACCCAAAUUUAGCAGAUAGCUCAAAUUCUGGCAUGGAUAGCUUCUAUUUAGGCAGAUCUGUGGUAAUUGAGCCGAAUAUAACAAGCCGACUUCUAUUGACUAAGGACUAUAGGCCACCUCAAAUGAGUUCUUACCAGAGAAGGAAAAUAUACGAUAAGAAUAUAAGAAGCAAACUGAAGAAGAAGAUGUAUCUUCAUGAAAAGAAAGUAAGACAAAUCUUUGAAGUAAGAUAUCUGACAUUAGGUAAGAACAUGGAGGCAAGCAAUCCUAAGAUUUUGAACAAAAUACCCGAAAAUUCAACAGGAGAAAGUAUAGAGCGAUCCGUUGAUGAAUUUAUGGAAGAAACUCUUCGAUUGUUAGUAAAAAAGAACUCUGAGAAUCUUUUAACCUUCAUCCAGGAAAACAUAGAUAUAGUAAAGCGUCUAAAUGUGGUUGAACUAUUACGAAGAUUGGCAGAUUCAGCGGAAUGUUCAAAAUUACAAUCGAAAGUAAACAAAGACACUUCUAAAGAAGUUAUCAACUUUUUUAUAGCUUUAAAUCAUUGCUUAAGAGCAUUCUCCAACUUUGAAACGUUUGAAAAUGCAGCAACGCACGUUAAAGAAGCAGUAUCAUCCAACGAUAGUACUAUAGUACCAAGUUCAGAAACGUACAGCAUAAGCAAACAAUCUGGUAUUACUCGGAAUUGCAGCUGCCGCACAAUUGAACCUUCAAAUUCUUCAUUUGAUUUCUUAUACCAAGAUGACGAUAAUCAAAAUCUAGUAGAACAAAAAAUUAAUUUUAACCCCAUUCUAGGAUUUACCUUCAAACACAACUCUAAUAUAAAGCAGAACGAAACUGGUAGUUUUGUGGAGUCAUAUAAUUCCGAAGAGAGCGGUUAUGUCAGUUCGGAAAAGUCAAAACAUGACCCUUUAACUUUCUUCAAAAGGCCAAUCAUGGCAGAAUUGUUACGACCUCGUGCAGAAUUGUUUGGAAACACUUCUUCGUGUUAUGAAAUGAAAAAUGAAUCGAUAGAUACAAUAAAAGAGGAUAUUGCUCCAAGUACCACUAGUUAUUAUCCUUAUGUAGAACUUUGUGAUUCCAUUCACGUUAAUGCACAUUCAAAUAAUGCAAAAGAUGGAAAAUAUAUGAUCGAUGUGAAUGACAAAGACGAUAAUCUAAUAUUAGAAACAGUCCAAAUGUCCACAAACAUUAGUUUAAAGAGAUAUUCAUACCCACAAUACUAUAAAAAUGAAGAUACUGAUAAAUUACUGAAAUUGGUCACACAAAAAAGGAACUCUCGUGGAUUGAAAUUAAAAAAAAGUAUCAGCGAUGUAGAUUUUACUCAAAGAAAAGAAGAGUUUACUAUUCCCAAACGAACUCAAAGUGAAAUGGCAUUCCCUAAAUACUCCCAAAUUGGUGGUACAUUACAUUAUGAUGACAAAUGUAAGCAUGUUUUUCAAUAUAUGCCUCUGUUUAAAGAAAUAAUUGAAAAUGAUUGUCUAGAAGACAUCGUAGUAUUAAAAAAGCUUCUGGAUCCUGAAGUUUACUUGAUAUCUACCAACUUCAAUAGUGACUACAUCACACUACAUAUUGACACGGAAGAACAGAACACCACAAACAUAAAUAGUUCACUUUUUGACAAAAAUCUACUAAUAAAAUAUGAUUCAAAAGCUUGCAGUUGUAUUUCUGAUGUGAAAAAGCUAACGACAAUGAAGUUUUUUGAAAAUUUAUUGCACGUUUAUGAAAAAGAAGCAGCUUUUAGCUAUAAACUCUUUGGUGACAAAAUCUUUUUGGAGAAUGAAUUGUUUUCAGUUGUACCAAAGAUCAAACAAGGAAAAGGCAAAGGAAAGUUCAGUAGAAAAAUGAGAUUCUUUUUCAAAAAUAUUUUUUUCGGUAAACCAAAAGUAAAGAGUAAACAGUCUUUGGAUAAUGAUAACGAAGUGGUAUCCAAAUUUACAAACAUAGAAGAAGAAAUGAAAAAUCAACUUAAACAAGCUUUUCAUAAUGUGUAUCGAAAAGCAUACAAUGAGGCCUAUCAUUUACAAAGAAAAUUUAGCGAGAAUGAUAUAAGACUUGCUGUAGCGUUAGUGUGUAAAUAUAGAGCUGCUUUAUUGAUACAAGAUGAUUUAGUUGCUUCUUAUUUGGGAAAAGGAUUUUUUGAGAGUGAAUUGGAGCUUAAAGCUUCAGUGAUCUAUAUAAUGAAAGUGUUAAGUAGUAUAACAGAACUGGAAGAUGUUGAAAAUUUUAGAAGAAACACUGAAUGUACCUAUUGAUAAAAAAAUUGUUGUGUCUAUUAACUACAUAAAAAUAAAUCACUAAGAAAUU